GUUCGUAUUGGUACUUUCACCGAGUACGUGCACAACACUGGAACCACAAACACAGAGGCCGAGUGGCCUCAAAGCGACAAUGGUUUAUCGUGCCAGCUUCAAGCAGUCUAGGGCAUUUACGAAAUGGCAGUCAUAUUCACGGUUUUGGAUGUGCGCUGAAAAUAGUACAGAUGCACGCAAAGCAUAAACUGACAUUUCCAAAUGCGCAAGCAUCUGGUUUCACGAAAACGAUUGUUUAUUUCAGCAUACGUUGUUCAAAACUGUUUUCGCUUUAUGUAGGAAGCGAAUGUGCUGCCCACGAGAGACGCGCACAAGUUCGCACGGCAUCUACUGUGUCACUUCAGAACAUACUGUGGACCAAAUCCGGUCUACAUGCGUAAUAUGACAGUCAGACACAUGCAGGUACCUAGGCAGUAGCAAUUUUUAAAGUAUAGCACUUAGUCUUCACCUCCUGACAACACAUUCACCGAAGCAGUCACGCAGCCAGACACUGACGAAAACUGCAUGUAUGCAGUACUCGAGGCAUCGCAGUAAUCUGACCAGACAUGGAAACACUUCCCCACCGGCGAACAAACUACACAUGAGAUCCUAGACCAGGGGUGACGGAACGGGUCGUAAACCACCUGCGUCGCCUGUCUUGUAGAGACGAAUUUUAGGAACGUAGUCAUAGAAUGAUUCAGACAGUGCGCAAAAGCCAAGGUCUUUUCUUCAGUACGAGAGUUCCUUUCAUUGUCAGUGGAAAUGAAGAUAACUUCGACUUUAUUGGUUCGAAAUCGUGGGCUACAAACCUUUGUCUUGUGGCUGACAAGACCCAUGACGCGGGAACGGAACUCUUCUAAGAGAGUAUGGAUAGUACUCGCUGUCGCGGCGUUCAGGGGGUCGCUUGCACAUGUUGUGCAGGUGCGACAGUGUGACUCAAACUUCUGGGGGAGGGAGAGCUUUAUAAGAGACUUGUGGGUCUGCACAGCCCCACAGUUAUUAGCUGUCGCAACAACGGGCUGAAAACAGCGUGUCCGCGACGUGAAAUGGAACCAGAAUUUUGUUGCGUGUUUGGCCUCAAACAUCGCGCCGGAAGUCGUGAAGAGUCUUGCAGCCUCUUAGCAAGGUUACGAUGCAUAUCAAUAUGAUCAAAUAAUCGCCUCGUUGAUCUGCUGGAAGCGACGGCUUCUGAGUUUUAGGAACACUCCUUACAGUGGGCUUUCCAAGGAGAGCCGUGAAGACAUGGACAACCCCCUGCCUCAAGUCUUGCGCUGCUGCCCUCUGCAGUGUUUCCCCGUCUCGAGGAACGGCAGAGCCCCGGGUGAGGGAGCCUUUCUCGGCAGCCCUCAAAAAACCAGCCGCCUUUCAAUGAUAGAUUUCUCGUCUUGGAGUGACGCCAGCUUUUCGGUUCGUGUGCAGGAGUCGCGCCAAGAGCAACUAUCAUGAACGCCUCGAACUUUCUCCGGAGACGCGCCUUCACUGUUGCCGAAGCACGUGAGGCAGAUCAACGCAGCAAAACUAAGCUGACUGCUUUGCAGUCCACUGUGGAGGCAUUCCAGAGCUUCGCAACCCUCAGCCAGCAGAAAUCCGAAUGGAUCUCAUUUGCGUCAAGCCUCCACAGCCAGAGAAUUCAGACUGAGGCUGCCCUGCGACGCUGUCAGCAUCUUGUUGAGAGCAUCGAAGGCCAGAAUGCUCACCUCCCAAGUGGGAGUGUAGAAAGUGAUAGCCUUCUACACACCGACAGUCGUGUGCCCUCGCCCUCAGGAAGACAAGAAGACCGCAAUUUCCACAGAUGUUCUCGUCACGGUGAUCAGUCAUCGGAACAUGCGGAUACUAAUGACCCUGCUGUCACCGCUGAUGACAUAUGGUCGGCUGAAACGCUCCUCGAAAAUGCCGUGAUGCUUGCGCGGCUCGGGAAGCGAAUUGCUACGCUGCUCACUGGUGGCGACAUAACUGGUGAAUCUGCAAGGACUCUAGGGAGGGUACCCGCAACUCCAACGAGUCCAAAUAACACAGGGGACGACGAAACCGCUCCUCGUUCCCCUUUCCACCGACAUCAAAACAAGGCAGGAAACUCUCUACUGAAAAGCGGCGACCAAGUUGGCCUGUCGCUGGGCAGCACCUGCUGCAGCCAAAGUGAAACAUGUUUGUCUGACCCGAAGUGGAGUUCAGGGUCUUCUUUUUGUGGCGAAUCUGAUCGACACCCGGAGACACAUGAGAGCCUCUCCAUCGGUAGCGACACGGACGUGUCGGGGCUCCCAAAGCCAUCGCUGCACUCGCAAAUGCUUCGCUUUACAAGGCUGCUACAGCAGUAUGGCUUGGUAGUAAUUGCUAUAGAGCAGGAAUUGGACAAGGAGUACAUCUGUGCUCAGCGGGCGGCGCAACAAAGCAAAGCGCGUCUUCUGUUUGUGCAGUCCACGCAGGGGUCCUUGACGCGUGGCGGCAGCUCUUGGUCCAUCUCGGCGGGUUCGAGGGCGAAAGAUACGGCUGCUUCUCCAGAGCCUGGAGAAUUGACAGAAGAAGAAGAAAAUUUCGUGGAGUCUUGCUACUCGGCUCUCCUGAGCAACUGCUGCCAAACUGCGUCGCGUCUUUUGAAACUCGGCAAUGAGUACCAGGAGAAACUUCAGCGUCUCGAAGAAGACUUCCAGACGGAGCAGAUGAGCAUGAAACAUGAGUUAGCCUCUCUAUACGCGAGAAAGAAGGGACUUUUACGCGCUUUGAAUGGCUCACGUGUAGCCACCGACUUCCAUAGAUGGGAGGGACAAAACAGGCGCACUGGUCACGUGAAUGCCAUUUCCGCUCCCUUCGCGGUUCCAAAUGAAGGCACUGGGUUCCACAGGCAAUGCCUCGCCACCUACGAAAGAAUCGAUCCUGCUGCGGUAGAAACAAUCGAGGGAGAAAUCUCCCUUUGCAAUAGGGAAGUCUCGGAUCCCCAGCAACCGCUGCCUCAAUCUGAUGAGACAGGCUCUCAAGCGGAAUCCCACUGUCAUCCUUGUCUACCAGACAGCACAGAAAGCAAUCUACAAGAGGUGACGGAUACUUUCAACUUCAUUUAUGGACAGUUUUCGUCCCCUGGUGCAUCAAGAUUGCUGCUCCUCGAGCGCCUGCAGCUGGAAUUUCCUCGUGCUAGUGCCCACGUCCUUCGGGAAGUGACAGACCUUCACCGACAAACUGCGCUUUUGCAGCAGAGACGAAUGGGACAUUGGCAAGCGUUCUCAUUUGCUCGCAUUGCCGCUUUAGCCGAGGCACAGAAACUGCGCACAGGCAUUGUACUCAGAUUUGGUAAAGAGAAUACGAAGAAGGAAGAGAGAAGGCGGCAUGCACAGAAAUCUGCGGAGAUUAACAAACGACUUCAGUGGCAACAGGCCGCGUUCGAAGCGAAGGAGCUGGCUCGAAAGAAAGUGGAGGAUGAAGAGCGCGCUCGUGCUGAAGAGACGCAAGCCCACCGGGAUGCGAAGGCGCAGAAGCGGCAGGAGGAAAUGAAAAGAAGAGUGGCUAGAUUCUUGGAGCACAAGGAAGAAGUACUCAAGAUGGAGCGCGCUGCGGCGGAGGCGAAAGCCCGCAACGAAGCUGAACAGUAUGCAGCGACUCGAAGGCGGAAUGCACGUCGAAUUGCACGGCGGAGAGAACUAGAUGCCUGGAGAGAUCAACAGCGAGAAGAAAGACGUAGGGAGUGCAUCAGACGACAAGAAGAAAUUGUACAGCGUAUUAGAAGGGCUGCUGAACGGCUCGCCGUGGUGGCUCAGAGUGAUCCCACACGACUGCGGUCAGACACUGAAGCUAGUCGCGCCCGCGCUGAGGCGAUCAAGAAAGUCCGCCAGGAAGAGCUUUCCGACGCUACACGAAUCAAAGGGUUUGGCGUGCGGCAUGGGUACGGAACAGACACGCUGCUUCGAGACAUGCGGCUCAAAUUGUCGGUAGCCUUGUUUGAAGCUGGGUUGCUCCGUUGUGAGGCAGGCCACGAGGCACUCCUUUGCGUGGGAGCGAAAUGAAGGAAAACGAUUCACGUGGUGUGUUUUCCUUCAGUGACUCUGGAUGGACGGCGGAAGUAUCUACCGUGCAGCGAGGGCCACGAACUCUCGCUGUGCCUGUUUGCCGAUCAUCGCGAACAACUGCCACCGCUGUAAACCCAUCGUCUUUUGAUGCGUACAAACUGUCACUCAUGGGAACUCCAGAGAAAUCGCGGUUUCUUACUAAUCAAUGACAGGUACUACCGCCAGCGCUCCCAUUGAACUAGACAGGUCUGCACCAGUGAACCCCGUCGUUGUGGUGGCAGGUUUCUAAAUGACAGACAUCGG